GUCCUCAUGAAUUCCCACUUUUUUUUGCUCGCUCACUCUCUGCUUCGAUCACAUCGCCAUUAACUCCCUUGAGAAAUCAAAUCUCUUCUUCUUCUUGAAACCUCCGUCGCCCCCACCGCAACCUCUUCCGGUUCCCCUUCUUAAUCGCAUCGCCACCCAUUGUUCCUAGGACCCGACUCGCAAUUCCCGUCUCUCCACAUUCUCUCCGACCAAAAUGUCGCGCCUUCUGCAGACCAGCUUCGUCCCCGCCGCGCCGGCCUCCCUGCGCCGCCCAUCCGCCGCCCCUGCCGCGUCCCGCACCCGUGUCCACGUCGUCAAAUCGAAGAUCCGAGAGAUUUUCAUGCCGGCGCUUAGCUCCACCAUGACGGAAGGCAAGAUCGUGAGCUGGAUCAAGUCCGAGGGCGACAAGCUCGCCAAGGGCGACUCCGUCGUCGUCGUGGAGUCCGACAAGGCGGACAUGGACGUCGAGUGUUUCCACGACGGGUAUCUCGCUUCGAUUAUAGUCCCCGAAGGAAGCUCUGCUCCGGUCGGGUCCACAAUCGCCCUAUUGGCUGAAUCUGAAGAGGAAAUUGAAAAUGUCAAAUCCCAAAUUCCGUCUCUUACCGCCGCAGGAGGCUCAAAAGUCACGCCGGAAGCUGCGAAUUCAUCCCCUCCGGUGGCUGAUUCGCCCAACCCUUCUCCUGACCCGACCCAGAAGGGCAGUUUUGUGGAUGAGCCGGCGAAACUGGGGUCUUCCCUGCACCCGGCUUCUGAGGGAGGGAAGAGGGUGGUGGCAAGUCCAUAUGCGAAGAAGCUGGCGAAGGAGCUUGGAGUUGACCUGAGGGGUGUUUCUGGCAGCGGCCCAAGUGGGAGGGUAGUUGCUAAGGAUGUUGAGGCUGCCGGUGUUGCUCCUCCUUCUGCUGCUGUCAGUGGUGGCUCCGCCAGGGAGGAAAGGAGCAUCCCGGUGGCGGAGAUGGGAAGUGCAGUGCCAUUCUCUACAAUGCAGAGUGCAGUGAGUAGGAAUAUGGUGGAGAGUUUGAGUGUGCCAACCUUUAGGGUUGGUUACACCAUUACUACGGAUUCACUCGAUGCUCUAUACAAAAAGAUCAAGUCAAAAGGAGUAACAAUGACAGCACUAUUGGCAAAAGCAGCUGCCCUUGCUUUGGUUCAACACCCAGUUGUGAAUGCAAGUUGUAGAGACGGGAAAAGUUUUACAUACAACAGUAGCAUCAACAUUGCUGUUGCAGUGGCCAUUGAUGGCGGGUUGAUCACUCCUGUGCUUCAGGAUGCUGACAAGGUUGAUAUAUACUCAUUGUCAAGGAAAUGGAAAGAGGUAGUUGAUAAGGCCAGGGCAAAGCAGCUCCAGCCUCAUGAAUAUAACACAGGCACUUUUACUCUUUCAAACCUAGGGAUGUUUGGAACAGAUCGCUUUGAUGCCAUUUUACCUCCUGGAACUGGUGCAAUUAUGGCCGUGGGAGCUUCUAUUCCAACUGUUGUUGCCACCAAUGAUGGGUUGAUUGGUAAAAAGAACCAAAUGCAGGUAAAUGUUACUGCAGACCACCGGAUAAUAUACGGUUCUGAUCUCGCCUCUUUCUUGCAAACUUUUGCAAAGAUUAUUGAAGACCCCAAAGAUCUCACUCUCUAAGCCCAGUUAUACAUGCCUCAUUUUUGAAGACUUGAGUGCUUUACUGUAAUUUUAGUCUAGUUUAGCUUCAUAAUUGAACCCAUUUUUUCGACAUAAACAUUUUGUGGACAUCUUUUGGUCAUCUUCUUGAGGGAUUGGAAUAAAAUGGAAUUCUUUUU